GUGAGGUCAUCCUUAACAAGAAGGCAGUCUAUGAACCUACAAAAGGUCAGCGUGUCCGGCAGAUCGUCUGUUCAAAAGGUUGGGCAAUAGGCAUUCUGCUGCUAAUGGGCACCAUCAUGAUUGCUGUUGCAGUCAUUGCAGCCUUCGCAAGACCAUCUUCAGCACCUUCUACAUCCCACUGCAACACUCCAGGGCAAUACGUCACUUCCGACACAUUCACAGAUCAGGACGUCCAAAUACAAGAAGAACCACAAACAUACAUCUCCACAAACGGUGAGCCAUUCCCGUGGCGUGACCUGAGACUUCCCAGAACUCUGAUUCCAGAAUCUUACAGCAUCUUUCUGCAUGCAAACAUCACCGAGUCCUAUUUCACAGGGAAUGUUCACAUGAAUCUCCGCGUUGAUCAAGACACAGACUUCAUUGUGUUCCACACGAAGGAGCUCAACCUGUCAAACAUCAACAUAUACGUAGCACAUGACAGAAACAGUAGCCUGCGGAACUUUAAUACAAAAGUUAGUGUCCUGAAAGAGCUGGAGUAUGUCCGGAACGAACAGUACUAUCUACAUUUGGGAGCCUCGGUGAAGAGUUCCUCUUUUGUUCAGGUCCAGGUGGAUUUUAGGGGAUCCCUGCCAAGUUCUAACAGCAUGAGAGGGUUCUACAAGAGCUCUUAUACUUUACGGGGUCAGGAGAGGUAUAUUGCCAGCACACACUUUGAAGCAACAGCGGCCCGCCUUGCCUUCCCCUGCUUGGACGAACCUGAGCUGAAGGCCAAGUUCACCAUGUCCUUAGUGCGAGACCAACAACACAUCACCCUGUUCAACAUGCCGCUGAAGAGGACGGCCCCGUACCAUGGUGACCUGGUGGUUGAUGAGUACGAGGAGACGGUCAGGAUGAGCACCUAUCUGGUGGCAUAUGUGAUAUCUGACUUCAAGAACAUCUCGGCCACAAGCAAGGAUGGUGUGGAGGUUCGAGUUUUUGCAUCUGAAGAUAAAAUUCAUAUGGGCCAGGUGGCGCUGAAGGCGGCAGUGACAAUUCUAGAUUACUAUAGCAGUUUCUUCGGGACACCCUACCCCUUGCCGAAACAGGAUCUUGUUGCCAUUCCCAACUUUGGCGCUGGGGCCAUGGAGAACUGGGGUCUCAUCUUGUUCAGAGAGUCGAGCUUGUUGUUUGACCCAGAUAUCUCCACGGCAUCUUCCAGAGAGGCAGUUGUCACAACGGUCGCCCAUGAGCUGGCACAUCAGUGGUUUGGAAACCUGGUCACCAUGAAGUGGUGGAAUGACCUUUGGCUGAACGAAGGAUUUGCAACGUUUGUUGAGAAUAAUAUUGGCACUGACAUUGUGGACAGUACUUUCCGUAAGAAAGAUUCUGCCAUGGCCAAUUACUUGGAGGUCAUGUCGCAAGACAGCUUGAUGUCUUCACAUCCCAUCGCAGUUUCUGUCAGUGACCCUAGUGAAAUUGAUUCUGUGUUUGAUAAAAUCUCCUACGACAAGGGCUCUGCCGUCAUACGUAUGCUGCAACAUUUUCUGAAGGAAGAGCCAUUCCGAAAGGGUCUCCGCAACUAUUUGUUGAAGCACAAGUAUGGCAAUGCUGAAACCAGUGACUUGUGGAACUCGUUUCAAGAGGUCAGCAGUUUGCCAUCUCACCUUACAGUGAAACAGAUCAUGGACACUUGGACCAACCAGAUGGGUCUACCGGUUGUCACUGUGAUAAGGAGGGAAGGAAAGAUCCACCUAUCGCAGCAGCGGUUUCUGUUGAUGGGAUCCCUGGGUCAUACUGAUGCAGCCAAGGAGAAGUUCCAGUCCCCGUAUGGCUAUAAAUGGAUCAUCCCAUUUACAUACAAAACCUCCAAUCAAAAUGAAGAACAUCUGUUGUGGCUGUCCGAACACGAGGACCAAGUCGAGUUCAGUGACGAGUCAGCUACCUGGCUGAAGGCCAACGUGGACACACAGGGAUUUUACAGAGUCAACUACGAUAAACAUGGCUGGCAGUCAAUUAUUCGGCAGUUGUCCGAAGACCACACUGUCUUCUCUGUGGCAGACAGGAUGGGUCUCAUUGAUGAUGUGUUUUAUCUUGCCAGAGCUGGCCUGACAGACUACGGCACGGCACUCGACCUGACCAGCUACUUAGUGAACGAAACAGACUACUUUGUGUGGUCGCUGGCACUCUCACAGUUUGGUUUCCUGCGGGCUCGGCUGUUCCUGGAGGAAGAGUACUCACUCUUGAACAACUACACCUUGUUGCUGGCCAAGUCCCAUAUUGAUGUUGUCGACUGGAGCGUGAAACAGAACCCUGUUGACGAGUUCAUGCAGAGCCUGAUGAUAGGCACAGCUGUGACCCUGGAGUAUCAGAAGUUGAUUGACCGAGCUGUGGAGCUGUACAAGCCGUGGAGGGAUGGCAUGGGUGUCACGAUCAGCAAUGGUUUGCGGUCUGUCGUCUACUCCCAGGGUGUGAAGCACGGAACCAACUCUGACUGGGAACUGGUGUUUGACAGAUACACGAAGGCCAUUGUCCCGUCCGAACGACGCAUUUUACUUCAUGCCCUUGGAUCUACCCUUGACGGCAGGCUCCUGCAGAUGCUGCUGAAAUAUGGCCUGGAUGAUUCUAAAGUCAAGUCGCAGGACAGCGAGUCUGUGCUGACCGGUGUAGCUGGGAACCGCAACGGGCAACUGUUUGCAUGGAAGUUUCUCCGAGAACAUUAUGACACCAUCUUUGAAAGGUUUGGCAGUUCUUCGUUUCUGAUGUCUGACAUUAUCGAAGGGAUCGUUGCCAGCUUUAAUACACAGUUUGACUAUGAUGAGGUUGUUGCUUUCUUCAAGAACAAAAAACUGGGAACCGCCAAGCUGACGCUGCAGCAGUCGCUGGAAUAUAUCAGGAGUCACAUUAGUUGGGUCAAAGAUUACAUGCCCACUGUCAAAACUUGGAUUCGAGAAAACACAAAACUAUAA